GUCACGUGUUAUUGUUUGGAGCAGGAAACUGGUGCCUCCUUGAUGGCUUCGGCAGCAGUUUACCGACACACGUCCUUGUUUGUUUACGCCUUAUUUCCGUCCAACCCGACUGUGGGGAGGAAUGUGUGUCCAGUGGUGGAGGAAAUGAACCGACAAUAUGCGUGCAAGUGGAGCAAACACAGCCGAGGCGGAUCCAGCUGCUGCUAGCUGGCUAAGUAGCUAGUAGCGGCACAGUAGCUGAGCAGCCGGAGCGAGCUAGCAGUAGUUAGCCUGACGCUGCCCGGCUCACUACUGUCCACCCCACGUUGACAGUUCUCACGGUUGUUCCUCUUGUUCGUGGCUUAUUUCGUGGAAGGGCGAGGGGCACAAAUGGAGCUGUUCCAAGCCAAAGACGAUUAUAUUCUUCAGAACGGGGACUCUGCUCUUUGGUGUAGCCGAAAAGACGGCACCAUGUCAAUCAGACCUGCAACAGACUUGCUGCUUGCCUGGAACCCAGUAUGUUUGGGUCUAGUGGAAGGUAUCAUUGGAAAAAUACAGCUUCACACAGAUCUUCCUCUUGGUCUUGUAUUAAUCCGACAGAAAGCACUUGUUGGCCAUUUGCCAGGCAACCACAAAGUCUACAAGAUCAUCAAGAUAGCUGUCAUUCCGCUGUCUGAUGAAGAGCCUCAGGAGCUGGAGCUGGAGUUUUGCAAAAAGCAUCACUUUGGAAUUGACAAAUCAGAGAAACUGGUUCAGUCUCCUGAUGAAUCGAAGUUGAUGAAAACGUUAAGUCAGAUCAAAUCUAAUGUGGCUGUUCCCAUCAAGAAAAAGUAUUCCCCUGCCUUUCAGGUAAAGGAAAACAAAGAGAAGGAACGUCUAGAGAGGAGGCUGCUUGACGAACUGUACAAAAUAUUUGAGGACUCUGACUCCUUCUACUAUAGUUCUACCUAUGACCUGACAAACAGUGUGCAGCGCCAAGGAGACUUGCAUGGAUCAAAUGUGCCCCUCUGGAAACAGGUGGACGACCGUUUCUUCUGGAACAAACACAUGAUUCAAGAUCUCAUAGACCUACAGAUCCCAGAAAUAGACUUUUGGGUGAUACCAAUUAUCCAAGGCUUUGUCCAAGUGGAGGAACUUGUCGUGAAUUAUGAUACCUCUGAUGAUGAGCGGAGUAGCCCAGAAACCCCACCACAGGAGGUAACUUGUGUGGAUGACAUUCAUCCCCGCUUCACGGUUGCGCUCAUCUCCAGACGAAGCCGCCAUCGAGCAGGGAUGCGAUACAAACGCAGAGGAGUGGCUACAGAUGGCCAUGUGGCUAAUUAUGUGGAGACAGAGCAGUUGAUCCACGUGCACAGCCACACUCUAUCCUAUGUGCAGACUCGUGGUUCAGUGCCUGUCUUCUGGAGCCAGGCAGGUUACCGCUACAAUCCCCGGCCACGCUUGGAGAAAGAAGAAAAGGAGACCAUGGUGUACUUUGCCUGUCACUUCGACGAGCAGCUUAAACUUUACAAGAAACAGGUCAUCAUCAACUUAGUUGAUCAAAGUGGACGAGAGAAGUUGAUUGGGGAUGCGUAUCUUAAGCAAGUCCUUCUUUACAACAACCCAAACCUCACCUAUGUUUCAUUUGACUUCCACGAGCACUGUCGAGGGAUGAAAUUUGAAAAUGUUCAAACACUGACGGAUGCCAUCUCUGAUAUCAUCACGGACAUGAAGUGGGCCUGGGUGGACCAAGCUGGAGUCAUCUGCAAGCAGGAGGGAAUCUUUCGAGUUAAUUGCAUGGACUGUCUGGACAGGACCAAUGUAGUACAGGCUGCUAUUGCUCGGGCAGUGAUGGAACACCAGCUGAAAAAGUUGGGUGUGAUGCCUCCAGAGCAGCCACUUCCUCUCAAAUGUUACAGGAUCUAUCAGAUAAUGUGGGCCAACAAUGGCGACACCAUCAGCAGACAGUAUGCCGGAACAGCAGCACUUAAGGGAGAUUUUACCAGGACAGGUGAGAGAAAACUGGCUGGCGUAAUGAAGGAUGGUGUGAAUUCAGCCAACCGCUACUAUCUGAACCGCUUUAGGGAUGCUUACAGACAAGCAGUAAUUGACCUCAUGAUGGGCCUGCCUGUGACAGAGGACCUCUACUCCAUUUUCAGCAAGGAGAAGGAGCAUGAAGAGAAAGAAAAGGAAAGCCAAAGAGGUGCUCAAGAGCAAGUCAGUCUCCUGUUGCAGACAUACAUGCAGCUUCUCCUGCCAGAUGAUGAGAAGUUUCACGGUGGUUGGGCUCUUAUCAACUGUGACAUGAGCCUGAUUGAUGCCUCAAACAAAGAUGUAGAUGUACUCCUGCUUCUGUCCGACAAAGCCUAUUACAUUGCUUUCUAUGAUGAAGAAACCGAUAAAGUCAACCAGUACCAGCGCCUCAAUUUAGAUGGCUUGGACAAGAUUGAAAUUGGUCCAGAGCCGACGCUGUUUGGCAAGCCAAAGUUCUGUUGUAUGCGUCUGCAUUACAGGAGUGAAGAGACAAGCGGAUAUUUUCACACACUUCGUGCAGCCACACGAAAUCCUGAGGAUGAUGGCAAGGAUACACUGCAAUGCAUUGCUGAGAUGCUUCGCAUUACAAAGCAGGCCAGGGGGCUGGACCUACUGGUGGUUGAAAAGAAGCUGGAGAGGCGUCAGAGCAAACCUCAUGAAGACAUAAUGGGAAUUCAGAACAAAAACUGUGAGCAGGUGCAGGGCAGCUCUGGGCUUGCUCAAGGUAAAAGUUUCCUUCUCAACAAAUUCUCCUCUCUGAACCAGAAAGUCAAACAGACCAAGACAAGCGUAAAUAUUGGCCCCUUCAGGCCCCUCGGAAAGCUCGGAAACUUUGCUAAGCCUGAUGUGAAGGUCAAUUUCCUGAAGCCGACCAUGCACGUCAACCUGUGGAAGUCGGACAGCAGCUUAGAGACAUCCGAUGGCAACAAUCCCAGCACUUUUAAAGAUAUCACUGAUGCAAAUUUUGAUCUCUCUGAUGACUCUGACUCCUAUAAUUCUGACCAAGAGCAUGCGUGCAUCAGCUCCUUUGAAAAUGUGGACUAUGUGCUGCCCAGCUGUGGCAUCGUAGCAUCAAACACUCGACUGGGCAGUCGCUCCCAGUCCAUCAGUAGCAUGGAGCUAAAUAUCCCCUCUGUUAUCCGCGUCAGUGACUGUGAAGACAAGUCCCCAGGUUCUGCCUCAAUAGCAGAAGAAGCCAUUCUGAUUGACUUUGGUACUCCUAUCGAUGCCUACUGCCACCAGUUUGUCCAGGAUGCACAGACCAAACCCGUCAAGGUGUUUGGAGAGCAGCCGUCUGCAUCUGCCCAUCCAAUUAAGCCCCCAGUGCCUGUGCAGGAUACAAGCUCAGCGGACCCCAAGCUGCCAAGCACAAAGCAGGAGGAGCCACUUCCCCCCAGGCCAUCCCAGCUCGACGUCCAAUCCACUACCUGUGCUUCCAACCUCCUUACCGUCCAGAGGUCCAGUUCUGCCAUCUCAGUAGGCUCUCAGAAAAGCCUGGGGUCGCAGAUAGAGGGCAGCCUCGGCCCUUCACCUGCUGACAGCAACGGCAGCCGGGUGGUGUCACCUUUUGCCAAGAUCAAGAGCUCCAUGGUCCAGGUGGCCAGCCUCACCCAGGCGGGACUCACUCAGAGCAUCAACUUUGCUGUGGCCAAAGUUCAAAAGAGCCCAGAGCCAGAAACAGUCAACGAGGUCCAGGAGAGUGAUUUAAAGGCAAUGUUUACACAGUGUCAGACGAGGAUCAUUCAGAUCUAGCAUUUCGCUUUUAGCAGGAGAAACUAUCUCUGUGCUAGCGUAGCAAUGGCUUAGACUGAACCUCACUCCUUAGCCAACACAUGUGGCCUCAGUUUUGCCCUUCAUGUCGGCGUUGACUCUGGAAGUGUACACCAUUCUAAUGUGACAGUGAAUGUUUACAUGCACAAAUGUACUUUUUGUUUUGUUUUGUUUUCAUCCAUUCCUUUUUUUACUGCUUGUCCCUUUCAGGGUCACGGGGGGUGGGGAGAUUGUAGUUUGCGACUACAAAAUCAGGCACUGUCAAUUUUAUAUAUCAGUCCAUAUAUUUUUUAGGGAUGUCUUGACUUUUGAAACCACUCCUGAAAUAAGUCUUAUAGAGCUAAUUAAGUUAAAAUAUGUGCAUCAAAAUUAUUUACUUUAAUGGUUAACUGAAUAAAAAUCCAAAUUCACAAGAAUGAAUGAAGCUAUUAAGUUUGAAUGAUGUGCAUGUAAACACAUCACUGUCCUUUGUUGUCCACAAAGCUCACAUGAAAGGUUAAUGCUAAAACGACCGACUUUGACAGGGCAUUAUUAGCUACAUGAUGGCAGAGCAACUCUGGAUUACUUAACAUACUUUAGAUGCCCGGUAUGUGCAGGCCACCUAUUGGUAUUUGUGAUACAGACCUCGUAAUAAACUUGACCAAAUAAUAACUCGUGUGGAUCCAAAAAAGAUGUUUAGAUGUGAACUUUUAGCCUUUGUAUAGCGGUCAGAAACUAGCAAGACAACAAAAGCAUACAAAGUUAUCACAUGUAAUAUCAAUGUUGUAAAGUGAUCUUAUGAUAUUGUACAACCUAUGACUUCACAAGACCUUAGUAAUAAUAAUCACGGCGUGUCCACAGUGUGUAGAACCUCCUGUAGGCUUUUUGUAUGCAAAGAGGUUAAAGCAUAAUAUAUAUGAUAUAUAUUUUGAAAAGAUAUGCAUUGAGUAAGAAAAACAACUGGCAAUGUUUCAUUUUUAUAAAUGUCUUUAAAUAUUGGUUAUACUAACUAUAAUGAACUAUAUGAGGUAGCGUUGUAAAUUGUUUUAUAGUUGACUAGAAGUAAUAUACAUAUAUACACGUGUGUGCGUAUAUAUAUAUAUAUAUAUAUAUAUAUAUAUAUACAUACACACACACACACACAAUUAAAAGCACUCCUAAAACAGAAAGCAUACUUGCUUUAACAGGCGAUAUUUUGGUUUGAAUCUCCAUUCUUACGUUACAUUUGGUGUACUGUAUAAAAUAAAAUGUUCAGGGUAUCAAACUGUUUUAUCUUGGAAAAGUUCAUUAAAUCCUUGUGUAAUGGGCAAUGUAAAAAUUGUUUAACAUCUGUUUUAUGUAUUUUAACACCACUGUGCAAUGAAACUGUAUUUUUUUGUCCCAACCUUACAUUAUUGCCUCAUUUUCUGGGAAAAACAAAAUAUACAGUGUCACUGUUGAGGGUUGUACUGAAUCAACUUGAUCAAGGUGGAAUAUACCAAGAUAUUUGGUCAUUUGGUUCAUAAUUACUGUUAUUUGUUUUGUGGUUGCUACAUGACUAUUAUUCAGAAGAGUGGAGCUGCCAAAAAUAUGGCCGCAAUGCAAUAUUUUAAGCUAAAGUUGUUUGAAAAAAUGCAUCAGGAAUGCAUUAGUGGGACAACUGUAAAUAAGAUAAAAUGUUAAUCCUCAUCAUUCCUCAAAGACCACAGUGCUAGAUUGUUUUAUACAUUAUGUAAUCCUAUCAUGCUGGGUGACAUUUUCUCCUUUUGUGCUUCAGCAUGCAUCUAUUCAUCUUUCAUUUUCUAUCUGUUGAGCCUAUCGACAACAUCCAACUAAAGGUCUUAUAGCAUUUGUUUAGCACCAUCUCACCACCAUGCCAUCUGCUUGUGGUCACACGUCGCCUAUUUAGCAGCCCUCAUCCACAGUGUUGACAUUAGAUCAUUAUAUUAAAGACUCAUUUAUUCUCAUCCUCUUUGGAUGUAUUACUUGAUGGUAAAGUGCACUGUAAUAUACGCCUUUGUCCAAUAUUCUACUGGAAUAAAAAGGUAUGAGUGAAA